AUGCUCGAAACUCUCCCAUACGAAAUUCUGUCAAGCAUUGCGGAAUGGCUGGCACCCGAAACCGUCCGUUCUCUAAGUCAGGUUUCUUCUAGAUUAUAUUCUGUUCUAGCCCCUCUGUCGUAUCGUACACUCACUUUUCGUGCUGCUAGCGAAUGGGCGCUGAAUGUCCUCGAUAUUGAUACCUUCUUUGCCUUGCAUCGGCAAUCAGGGAAUCGGUUUAACCUCGAGCAUGCAAGGAACUUGAGUAUAUCUGCGCCUAUUCAAAUUGCCCGUUUCCAUCGUUGUGCAUAUUACAAUGUUUUCCGCGACAGUGGACUAGCUCGACGAUCUGGGAGUCUGGGGACUUCCAAUGAGGCGAAAGCUCAUGAACAAUUCUUAGAUGACAUUUCACGUCAGCUUAAACUCAUAUUUUCUCAUCUCCAACCAAGUUACCUUCUUUCUUUCGAGUGGCGUCUCGGAACUUGUAUUCCUGCGGGCUUUUUGGAUUCAGGUGGCUUUCUUAGCAAGCAACAGAAACAGCUUUCAUACUUAUCUUUGGUUACUGAUGGAUCUUGCCCUCAUGCUGGUGGCUGCCUGAACGGACUCCAUGAACUUUCAUCACUUAAAUCAUUAAGCUGGGAGGGAAUUCAGCAUCCAGCAGAGAUUGAAUCUCUAAGAAAAUGCAUUACACGGAACAGCGCACACCUAACCAAACUGUCGAUCAGUUUUGCCACGGAGUUUCCCACGCUUGAUUUCUAUCAUGCUGUUUUUGGAUUACCAAUGUCCGGUCCUGUCUCCCGAGAUGAGAUAACUGAUUCCGCCCCUCCUUGUUUCCCACGUUUGGUCUGCUUGAUGCUCUCCAAGGCCUCCUUGCCCCUGGAACUACGACCAGUCGAUGCAUCAAUUUUUUGUCAACUUCAGUCACUUAAGCUACGCGAUUGUGCAAACGACGUUAAGUUAUUGGGCUUUUUGUCUCGAUUUCAAACCACGAUGCGACUUCGCCUUUUUGAAUUCUGCUGUGACACUGUGCUUCACUAUAAUAGUGAAAAUAGCGAGGUCAACCUCUUGGUGGACUUCCUACUUUCCUUUAAGGGAUUGAAACAUUUGCAUCUCAAACUGUCUAAUUUUUCCGAUGUAUCCCAAGUCGAAAUCGGCAUCACAAACCAUCGGUCCACAUUAGAAAGUCUCAUUUAUCAUGAUCGCGAGCUGGUGUCUAUCGACGAUGAAGGAUUAUUUGAAGAUACCCGAGACCAGCAACCAAUCUGGACUCCGCGUCUAACGAACGUUGUUUCAAUAUCUCACAUUUAUGCUUUAGGGCUGUGUGCAUCCCCCUCGGAUGUGCGAUUGGCACUCGAGCCAUUCGCCAGUACUUCCAAUUUGCGCGUUCUCCAUCUUCGCUUCAGUGGAUCUGAGAAGCUCCACAGAGAUAUACAACAGGAAAUAAUUACUCAUACAUGCCAGAGGCGGGCGUGGUGCUCAUACGAUUGCUGUCAAGACCAUUACUUUGAGUUCCAAUCGUGCUCAUCAAGCCCGAGCGAUCUCCCUGACAUUAUAGAGGACUCUAUUACCUGUCCGGGAGAAGGAAGUUGCAAUAAGCCCUUUUUGGAAAAGCAGGGCGUUCGUCAUUCUUCCGAGGCACAUGAAUUUCUCCAGUUUGCUGAGUGGGCAUUUGGCCCGACCGGUUUGACGAGGUUGCAGGUCUUGGCUUUGGGAGACUUUUCUCAUGAAAACCGAUAUCAUAGACAACAGUUUCUAGUCCAGAAGAGGUAUCAGAAACCAGGUUGCGGUAUUCAGAUUGGCGAAACAACGCUCUGCUGUGGAAUGGCAAGCAAAGAUUACUGUGCGGCGAACGUUGAGGAUCCUUUACUUCGUGAUUAUAUUAUGGUUGAUGAUUCAAACUUUCUGUCAAUUUGCCCAGAAGGCAGCUUAAUGGAGUCGCCUUAUGCCUGA